GUGAACGAGAGGGAGAGAAGAGCAGGGUAAAAGAGGGAGCCACUUGUUCACAAGGAGUUUAGAGUACUUGGCACUAUUUACCUCAGUAGCCAUGGGGUCUCUAACUGGACCCUCGUGUCUGCUUCUGUUUUUCAUGGUGACCCUCCAGACCCCGUACCUCACCCACGCGAAUAGGAUAAUCACAGAGAAAACAGGCCGCGCUGAUUCAUCUGAGAGCGGGCUUGGGUUGAAGGAGCAUUUUCUGAUUGUUACACAGCACAAUAGGCUGCGCAGCUGGGUCACCCCCAUGGCCGCUAACAUGCAAAAAAUGGACUGGAGUGAGAAGCUGGUUCUACUUGCCCAGGAGAGGGCGGAGUCUUGCCACACAGACCCCUCUCCUCAGGACCAACAGCUCCGCCACAUUGGCUGGAACACCCAUCACUCAGCCCAUGCCACAACUUCAUUUGCUGAGGUCAUUGACUCAUGGUUCGAGGAAGGGAGGGACUUCAUGUACUUGAGUGGGCAAUGCAGAGAGAAUGCUACCUGCCAACACUACACACAGUUGGUGUGGGCCACCUCCAGUAAUGUGGGCUGUGCCAGACAGUUGUGUCUGAGGGGUGAUGCUCUCUGAGCUAUUGUCUGUGCAUACUCCCCUGCAGGGGUACGGGAGGUCAAUGGGAGGUUGGUGGUGCCCUAUGUGGCUGGUUUCUCCUGUUCUCUCUGCACCUCUUCCAUGUCAGGCUGCUUCACUUGGGACCAUGUGGGAGGACUGUGUGAGACCCCCAGGAACCCAUGUCGUAUGAGCAGCAAUGGUCGUUGAACAUCUCCCCUCUGCCAGUGUCAUUGUGGACCUGGGUUCACCGGACGAUUCUGUCAGGUGCGCUGCAGUGUGAAGUGUGUGCACGGCCGCUACAAGGAAGAGGAGUGCUCCUGCAAGUGUGAUGUUGGUUAUGGGGGUGCUGAGUGUGCAGAGAAGCAGCAGUUUCCCUUCCACAGCUGUGACGUGAGGAUAGAUGGAGAGUGCUUCAUGGUGUCUCCAGAGGUCGACACCUACUAUGGAGCCAAGACCCGCUGUCAGGAGCGAGGGGGGAUUCUGGCCCAGAUCCACAACCAGAAGGUUCAGGACAUCCUCACAUUUUACCUCAGCCAGCUGGAGACCAGCAACGAGGUCACAGACCCCGACUUUGAGACACGCAACUUCUGGAUCGGGCUGACAUAUAAACCUCUGAAGGACUCUUUCCGCUGGGACUCAGGAGAAAUCCCCACAUACAGCAGCUUCGCAUUUGGACAGCCUGACAACCAGGGCUUUGGGAACUGUGUGGAGCUGCAGGCAUCCAGCGCCUUUAACUGGAAUGACCAGCGCUGUAAAACACGCAACCGAUACAUCUGCCAGUACGACCGAGCGCCCGGCACAUUGCAUUUGGAUGCCAGAUGAACUUUGAUAAGAGUUAAUGAGAAAGCAGCAUUGUGCUGUGAGGACAGAAUGGCCCUGGCUGCUCUUGAGAGCCCCCUCACCACAAGAUGGAGAGAAAAGAACUGCCCACUCUACCUACUGUUUCAUCUCAAAAUGGCAUCACCCGUCCGCAGAAUCUACAGCAGCUAACCUGGAUGGGACCUCUAACCACACUCUUUAUAAAAGGGUCGUGUUCAGCUCAGGCCAAGACAUUCAACAACACUGGAGUGGGACAUGGGAAAUAGAGUAGAUUGGUUUGCUUUAGAUGCAUUAGUUCUGCCUGAUGAUAUUAAGCCAUGAUAGACAGACUAGGCUCGUUGCAACUCAUAGAACUCAUAAUUCUCAUAAGRAAAGUYUAAKAUCUAUUUAUUUUAAUGAGCAUCUAUCAUGACUUURUGUUUUUCCAARGUUUAGUCCCAGUGUCUUUAUGGAKAUUYWGYACAUUUCAGAAUGUCCAUGAGCCUCUACUGUGAAGAUAAUGGAUUUGACCUGCUGUUUACUUCAUCCCAAUAAAAUCUUCCUUUGCAUUUGAUUUAUAAACACUUAAUGGCCUCAAGGAGGAUACGAA